ACCAUCCCCGAGUAAAGCGAGGGAUGCCAGAGUGCUUAGGCAGUGCAUGGACAGAUGCAGACUGAGAGAAGACGGCGGCGAAACCAGCCGCACAUUUACGGUGGCGAUGCUGUGCGGUUGUGACACAUCCUCCCAGGAGUGAUGGGCUCUAAGUUGACCAGACAGAGAAGUCUCGAUUUUGAUAGCAAAUUGUCAAAAAGGAGACGCCAGAGGAAUGAUAUUCCUGGAGAGAGCGAGAGGAGUGGCGGCAGGAGCGGAGACUUCUUGUUUACCUCCCUGAUGCUCAAGUCCGACAAGCUUCCAGGGAUGCUGCGGAAAACCAACCACAGCCCAUAUGUCAGGCGGGUGGCUUGGGUCCGGGAAAUCCAGAGGCUUCUCCGAGAGCAGAAGAUGGAGCAAGCGGCCGAAGUGCUGAAAGUGCUGAGAAAGGAUUUGGGACUUCAGGGAACGUCACUCAAUGACAUUUUGUACAAAAAUGCAGCGUUUCUAAACCUGGUGGACCCCAUUUCCCACGAGUUGCUGCUCAGCCUUGCCCGGGACCUGCAGUGUCCAAAAAGGGAGACUGACUCGUUUAAGUCUACUAACAAGAUAUGUCGCCAACUGAUUUACCACCUGACCCCUCACUCCAAGUGGACAAGACAGAGCGUGCCCAGGAGAAAGUCCCAGGCCUGCCUGAAGACCACGCUGAAAAAGAAGCUUUCGGGAGACGUUGUCAACCUGUCGGGAAUCCCGCUCUCCGGCCGGGAUGUCCACCGCGUGGCCUUCUACCUUCAGAGCAGCAGUGACAUGGUGUCCGCUGUAGACCUGAGCUUCACUGAACUGCAGGACGACAGCUUACGCAUGCUGCUGCCCUACCUCAGCUGCUUGCCGAAACUCACCAUACUUGCUGUUAAUGGCAACCGUCUGACAGCGGCCAUCCUGAAAGACCUGACAGAUGUAAUGAAGGAGCCCAAGAAGUUCCCCACGCUGGCCUGGAUUGACAUGGGGAACAAUGUGGAUAUCUUCACCAUCCCGCAGCCGCUGCUCGUGGCGCUGCGGCGCCGCUUCGGUUUACGCAGCAGCCUCCCCACCAUCUACGAGUACAGUGAGGCGCAGGCUUUCGGUAGCUAUAACCCGAACAUGGAGACCUCUGUGGAGGAGCCUAGUCUGUACGAGGAGGGAGAUAUAGUAGAAGAUGAUAGAGAGGAGGAGGAGGAGGAGGACAGACUGGAGCUUCAAGCCUGGGGCUUUGGAGAAGAAAGCAUGUCAAAAAAUGUGCCGGUGCACUUCUGUGGGAGGUGAUCGCCCAGAGCUGCUUUCUUUUUGACUGGCAGCCUUGCAUAUCCCUCUGUAUCACCUUGCUCCUCCUGCGUUAGCCGAUGUCAGUGUGGUAGAAGAUGCUUACAGUGACCCACACGUUUCUGAAAAUAACUUUAAAAUAAGUAAAUGUGCUGUGUGUCCCUCUGGAUGCUCUGACUACUGAAAUUAAAUGUGAGAAUAUGUUUGUGGACUGAUUUAUCCUUCAUUUAUCCAGGGGAGUCUGAACUGAUCCAGCUUCCAGUGCUUCAUCUUACUGAAGUUGUGUGCUUGUCCCACUUGGAAGCUGGAGCAGCUGUGGAUUAAGUGCCUUCCACGAGGGCACAUCAGCAGUAGCUGCUGAGGAAGAGGGGAGUGUUAUUAAUUCACUUUCUCUAAGCACAUCCUUUCUUUUUUCCAUUCCUUGCCUGAAUAUGUCAGGGUCUGAUAUAUAUGUAAGUAACUAUAUAUCCUGCAUAGGAAACACUUAAGAAACAGGAACAUUUAACUUACUUAGAGAAGAAAGAGUAUGGAAAGUAUAAGCAACAAGUUGACUGUAAUGAGUCGUUCAUCAGCACUCCUGAUCCAAGACUGUACACUGGGUAAUUAUUCACUAGAGCCAGCUGGAGGCACUAUAUUAGUGAUUCGUUCAUAGUUAUCCAUAAAGUGAGGGGUUUGAUUGAAACAUAAAGUGAUAGAGUAGUCAUGAGGAACUGCUGAGGCCACACAGACAGAGUAACAAAUGUUAAAUAUUAAUUAGAUUUUUAGUAAUGAAUAAGCAGUUAUUGUUUUGGGUUGAUGAAUAUUUGGAUCAGAGUUGAUGAAUUUAUGUAUGAUUAUGAACCAGUCCUCCUCUCCCUCCUCCAUCCCACCCAAUCCUUAACAUCCUGUCAUACCAACCCUCUGCAAUUACUCCUUCACUACAUCUUUGAAUCUCUUUUGUGGUUUUCCUCUUUUCCUCCUCCCUAGCAGCUCCAUCAUUAGCAUCCUUUGUCCAUUAUCUCCACUAUCCCUCCUCUGCACAUGUCCAAACCAUCUCAGUAUUGCCUCUCUAACUUUGUCUCCAAACUAUGAGUACCACCAUCUCCAAGUCAUACACCACCGCAGGUUCCUGUAAACUUUCCUUUUGACUCUCGCUGCUAUCCUUCUGGCACUCAUCAUCUCCAGCCUGCCUGCACUCUCUUCUUCACAUCUCUUGUGCACUACCUCUCUCUUUGGAUGGUUACCCCCAGGUGUUUCACCUAAUGACACACUAAUAUCGUAUUUUCCAGCUGGUUCUGUAGGAAGUAAUUGUCAGAAGUUCGGGUGGGAGAGCACUGAUGAACGACUGAUUACAUAUCGGUUCAUUCCUGAGUCAUUCCUCUCUUGUUCUAACUAAGCAAGUUUUUUUCUGCCCUUUAUUGUAAAAUCUUAGAGCUUUUUUGUGAUAUGUAUGUUUUAUCUGGAAAUAAAUUAAAGUAAUUCUGUUUUCAUUAAAUAUGAUUUCAGUUUUGCUACAGCUGG